AUAAAAAGAACAAGCAAAUAGUGUAAUUGACCGGAGAAGAACAAGAGCAUCAAAAGGGAGAUCGGAGCGGCGGCCAUAGAAGAAGCUGUUGUUAGCGGCGACGAGAGAAUCAACAACUACUUGGUGUUCACAAUCUUCUUCUGAGAAGAAGAAACAAUGGCUGCCAAGAUUCUUGCAAAUCUGCUUGUAAUUGGGUCUGGGGUUUUUGCUAGGGCUUUUAUUCAAGCUUAUCGUCAAGCACUUACAAAUGCGUCUAAGACAGGUGUAGCUCAGGAGACGUUGCAGAACGUUGCCAGUCGUGUAAGCAAAACCAUGACAGAGCAGGAGGCAAGGCAGAUUCUUGGAGUUGCUGAGAAAACGUCAUGGGAGGAAAUUAUGCAGAAAUAUAAUAAACUGUUUGAGAAGAACGCCAAGAAUGGAAGUUUUUACCUUCAAUCAAAAGUUCACAGGGCUAAGGAAUGUUUGGAACCAUUGUGUCAACUUAAAAACUAGAUGGCGACGACUCCUUCAAGUUGGAACACUAGGGCUUGCGUUCGGGUUUACAGAUUAUCAUUGAAUUAGUUUGUUUUAAUUUGAAAUUUGAUUGGUGAGGGCAAAAUAAUCUGUGUGAAAUAUAAAGAAUUUAAAGAGAAAGUGUUCUUGAAUUGUUAACUUUAGGAUGUAAUAAUAUUGAAUAAUCUAUUUAUAAAAGUGAUGAAGUUUUGAUAUUUAUUU